AUGAGAGAAUUCAACGCCUUCAUUGAUUCCUGUGAGCUCACAGAUAUACCAAUGGCUGGAAGAAAAUAUACAUGGUGUAAUAAUCAGGAGAGUGCGAGAUGGAGUAGAAUUGACAGGUUUUUGUUGGACCCAGAGUGGAUGGUAAGCUUCAAUAUCAAAUUGUGGGGAUUACCUAAAAUUGUUUCUGACCAUUGCCCAAUUUUGUUAAUGGAGGACGAAAGGGAUUGGGGUCCUAAACCAUUUAGAUUUUUAAAUGCCUGGAUCAUUCAUCCUUCAUUCUCUAAAGUGGUAAGGGAGGCAUGGGAAGAGACACAAAUUACUGGGUGGCGUGGUUUUGUAAUGCUUCAAAAGCUCCAACUAGUUAAACAAGUUUUGAAGCGUUGGAACAGUGAAGUGUUUGGAGCAAUAUCUGUGAAGUUACAAAGUUCUGAGGAGAAAUUACAUGAAUUUGAUUUGUCAACUGAAACUAGAGAGCUAUCUAAUGGGGAGAAAGUGAGUAGAAGGGAAAUUAGAGAUGAGGUAUGGAAAUUAAGUAAGAUGCAAGAAUGGAUUUGGCUUCAAAAAUCAAGCUCAUUUCAUGGAAGUGUGGAGUUCAAGGCCAAAACUGGUGGGAAGUUUAAAUCUAUUGGUAGCAUAACAGCAGUGGAAUACAUUGAGGCAGAAUUUUCUAAGGCAGAAAUUUGGGCAGCAGUGAGAAGUUGUGGUGGUAAUAAAGCUCCGGGGCCAGAUGGAUUUAAUAUGUUGUUUUUUCAGAAAUGUUGGAAGGUUGUGAAAAAAGAGGUAAUCCAGUUUAUCCAAGACUUUCAUCGGUCUGUAUACAAGAUUCUCUCUAAGGUCUUGGCUAACCGGUUAAAGUUGGUGAUGCCUAGAAUUAUUAGUGAAGAGCAGUCAGCGUUUGUGGGUGGUAGAAGUAUCCUAGAUGGGAUUUUAAUUGCCAAUGAAAUUGUUGACUGGUGGAAGAAGACUAAAAAGCAUGGUAUUAUACUGAAACUUGAUUUCGAAAAGGCUUAUGACUCAGUUAAUUGGUCCUUUCUGCUAUCUAUGAUGAAGAAUUUUGGCUUUGGAGAAAAGUGGCUGACUUGGGUGCAAGAGUGUAUCUUGAAUACUCGAGUCUCAGUUCUUGUGAAUGGUUCCCCCAUAUCGGAGUUUAGCCCAUCUUGA